CUAAGACCGGUAUUCAUAGUCAAAUCUUAUAUUCAAGACCGUCUUAAGAUCAUCUCUAGAUACUCCGCAACCAAUCAAAUGUUCCAUACAGCAUCUUUAGAUAAAUUCAAGACGGUCUUGAAUAUAAUUGAUCCCACUAUGAAUACCGGUCUAAGAAUCCUAGAGAGGAAAAAGAAGGGACGGCGGAGUGUGGUAAAAGGGGCGGGAGAGCUAAGACACGCGGGGCGGAGGUUCUCGCGUUGCCGGGCGCAUGUCACGGCCACCGGCCGCGCUUAUCGUCGGUUCCUGCGUCAACGACACGUCACAACGCGGCACCAGUCGUCGCGAUUAAGGCCGGAGGGGGCGGCCGCGCCGAGUUCCUCUCGCGCGCGCGGCGAGAACCGCGAUAAUCCCGCGAUAAUUCCCGCGUGCGGGCAUGGUGGAGAUCAGUCCGCCGCCGUGCUACGUGAACCCCAUCGAUCGCGCUGGUCGCGCGGCCCGCGCGCGGUUCACCAAACGUACUCGCGCGUGCUGAGUCAGUGGGUCAGUCAGUCGGUGGGUCGGCCCGAUCAGCUGAUCGCGAGUCGCGCUUGUCAGAUGGACGCGGCCGGGCGCUCCGAUCUUCCCGCCUCGGCCGGUCCGGUCCUCUCGCCGUCAAAGAAGCACUUCACGGCUAUCGAUGAACUCGAUGUCAUAUGUUUGCUUGCAAUUCUAUCGCUCGAGGCUGCGGACGCGUCGCCCGGCAUUCCGUUCGUCCCACACACGAUUUCGACGGAUUCGUUCCUAGGCGACACGUGGCAGCUCGACCAAGACUAGGCCAAACAGCGUGGAAUCCCCGCAAUAUUUAUUUCCUUAUCGCAUCGGGCUGUGGAGGUACGCGCAGAUAAAGACCUCACUUCGAAAGUCAUUUCUACGUUUAACGUCGUCGUGUCUAUGCUGUUCAAACCACACCGAGCGAGGCUCUGGAGUCGCGCUGCACUCAAAAAGACAUUUUACUAACGCAGUUGCAGAUAUCUCUCCAACGAGCGGAGCCAGUAAUCGACCAGAAUAAUUGCCGAUAACGAUGGCGAUCAGCGAGGAGGCCGGCGACGGGGACGUCGGCGGCUUCGGUCGGGAAGGUGACGGCGGGUCGAUCCUAACGAUCGAUCACACUGCCGCGGGUGAUCCAAUCGGCACGUCGAAUCACGCUCGGCGCCGUCAGGCCGACCUCGACAACUUGGAUUCGGGUGAGGGCAAUCCCCUUCUGGCCGGGAGCGCGCCAGUAACGGUUGACGCGCCGACCGGGAAGCUGAUGAGAAUGCACAAAGUGGAGAACGCGGUGGCGGCGCAGACGGACGGAGACGCGAUGUGUCGAAAGGUGGACCCCGACGACGAGGACCGCGCGAGCGAGGCGGCCGUCGGGCCGCCCGACGGCGGUCUCAGGGCCUGGCUGGUAAUGAUCGCCAGCUUCACGAUCAACGGCGUGCUCUUCAGCAUCAUCAACACGUAUUCCCUCAUCUACCCGGAGCUGCAGAAGCGACUGGCGGAGGCCGGCGAGACCGAGGUCUCCUCCAAAGCAGCUUUGGUUGGCUCGCUAACUAUCGGAACCACGUUCUUCCUGUCACCGGUCGCCGGUAUACUGACGGAUAAAUUCGGCAUCCAGACAACCACCUUCGUGGGAGGUGCGAUCGCGUCCGUUGGCCUGCUCCUCUCCUCGCUGCUAACGGACAAGGUGGAACUGCUCUUUUUAACGUACGGCGUUAUGUACGGGCUUGGCGCGAGUCUCGCUUACACCCCGAGCCUGGCGAUAUUGGGCCACUACUUCAAAAAGUAUCUCGGCCUGGUGAACGGUAUCGUCACGGCCGGAAGUUCGAUAUUCACGACGCUGCUGCCGACCCUCAUGGAAUUCCUGCUACGGCGUUUAGGCCUGGAAGGAACGCUGAGGAGUCUGGCCCUCCUCACGGCCAUCAUCAUGGCUUGCGCGAUCCUUUUCAAGCCGAUACCACUGACUACACCGCAGGGGGAUGAAUCGCAAGGCAAGACGAAAUCGAUACGAAGUCGCCUGAAAGAAUUCGUGAACGUAUCUAUCUGGAAGAAGAAGCGAUACGUCGUAUGGGCUAGCUCUAUUCCUCUCGCUCUUUUUGGAUACUUUGUCCCGUACGUUCACAUAGGAAAGUUCGUGGCCACGACGUUCAAAGAUGCCGACAGCAAGCUGCCAGUUAUGUGUAUUGGCAUCACUUCCGGUAUUGGCCGUUUAAUUUUCGGUUACAUCGCCGACUUGCCGAAAGUGAACCGAAUAUUCUUGCAGCAGAUAUCGUUUUUAAGUAUCGGUGUUCUGACGAUGCUGCUUCCGGUCACCAAGUCCUUCUUAAUGCUUCUGGGUAUCUCGCUGGGCAUGGGGUUGUUCGAUGGAUGCUUCAUAUCAUUACUUGGCCCGAUCGCGUUCGACAUUUGCGGCCGCAACGGCGCAACUCAGGCCAUCGGCUUUCUUUUGGGGAUGUGUUCUAUACCUCUCACGGUUGGCCCGCCGAUCGCGGGUCUCCUUUACGAUCAUACUGGUAGCUACGAUUUGCCUUUCCUGCUAGCCGGCAUUCCCCCGAUAGUGGGAGCGUUGACAAUGUUUCUAAUAAGGUGUGUUAAACAAAAUGACGAUAGAAGUUCAAACGAUCCUGAGAGUCUUCCGAGUAAAGCGGAUUGCCAGAAUGGGGGAAUGAGAACUAAUGAUUUCUUACCGGCGGUCGCCGUCGAGAAAAAUUGUCAAUCAGCGGUGCAAGAGAAGUACCGUGCGACGUACGAAAACCUGCCAUCGUCUCAACGCUAUCGCGUCAAGCAACCGGCUGAACUGCAAAACAGUUUAGCAUACAAGUACGGCAAUUACUGCAGAUAUUCGGAGAGCGUACCGUUGCUUUACGGAGAGAGGAUCUCACGAUGUCGUAGCACAAGUUUCUCUUAACAAAUUCUCGACGCUUUACAUGUUUUGAACUCAUUUUGAUACUGCAAAUUCUUCUGCUCUGAGGAAUUUAAUUCGUUUGUAAUUAUUAUCUAUUCCCAGCGAGAAGUGACUCGUUGAUCGAUGUCGAAACGAUGUUGAAUCGACAUCGACACCGUCAAACUGAUGAUUGAAUCAAACGUCAAAUUUGAUAGUGUCGAUGUCGAUUCGGUGAAUCAUUCUCACUGGGUUAAAUCAAAGUAAAAAAUGGAAUCUAUAUCAUAUUGUAAAAUGUUAUUUCUCUUUGUAUGUUGCGACGUAUAAUGAAUGCACAGAAAGGAAUAUGUAUAUAUAUUAAUUUUUACUUAAGACAUAAUUAAUUAGUUUGAUUAUAAUAAUAAUUUCUAACUUUGCGUUCUGAAAAAUGGCAACAACCAUAUUGUAUCAGUUUUAGCAUGUCCUAAAACGUGUAACUAGUUUUGAAAGAACGUACUUAUCAAAAUGAUCGAAUUAAGCUUUCCAGAUACAGAGAUAUAUUUUACAGACAUAUAAAUCAAAACAUCGAAUAUUAAAGAGAAAAAAAUUUA